AUGCAGAUACCCUCCCUAACACCUGGGCGUUUCCUCUUUAGUCCAGAGCUAAGGGACCUCUGUAAGAAAUAUCAGGCAAAGAGCCUUACAGAUAUCCACAGGAGCUUUGCAAAUGAGGGGCGACUAGGUCUGAUUAUUCAGAAACAUCGCUUGAUACAUUACCCUGCUGGGCAGUCUCUUAAUGGGGUAGUCUUUGCAAAGGCUAAUAGUCCAACACUAUCUACUUAUAUCCAGGAUGUGGUUAAGGGCCAAGAGGGCCAUUUAUUUAUUGUCUGUUUAACAAAGAACCAAGCAGACCACUUCCAUCAGAUUCAGUCCUUUGAGGUGGAUAUGUCUAGCAAGCGGCUUCAUGAUAAGGAUUUACAUGAACUUGUCUUUGCACGAAGGGUCCCUGAACAGUCAAAAGUAACUACCCUCUGUCGAGUCUUUACGAACCAGGAUAAACGUGUGGCCUAUAAGGCAAUGUUCCAGAGAGUGUUUGAGCGGAUUGAGCAGCUCACUGGGCGGCCUUGCCAAUUUGGACCAAUUCAUAACUGUGGCAUAUGGGCUGUUGUGGUUGAUAUGGAUUGGAAGCAACGAGAUGGGUUUGCAGAUUACCUAUCCUUAAUUCCUCCAGCUACACUAGACAGUGGGACUAUUGCCCUACAGAUGACUGUGUUCUGCCAUAUCCACUUUCGCCGUGGGAUUGAUGAACUUCUCCAGCGCCAGCUACAAUGUGGUACAACAGAGGAUGAGCUUCAGGGGGUACGAACUGCUCUCUAUAGGAUUAAGGAUGCAAAGACAUUACAGCUUUUCUAUGAUAUUAUUGAUACCUUCCUACAUGAAGACUGCUACGGUUGCUUUACUGAGAUUGCCAAUUGGCUACGGCAUAAGAAACAGGUAGCUGUUGCAUAUGGCCUUUGUCAUAACCUUGCCUAUUGCCCUCCAUCCAUCAAGGGCUCAUUAGUCCUUAAUACAAAUGCAGUUGAGCAGACCCAUAAUAAGGCAAAUCUAACAGGCAAAUCACUACAGCUAUUACCUGCAAUUGAGAAGAAUAUGGAAUUCGUCAUCAGUAUCGUCAAGGUGGUAUGCUACCAUCUGCCCAAAAAUGGGUUCAGAGACAUCAAUCCAGGGUCCCAAUACGGCAAAGAGAUUCAACUACCCAGGACGGGGAUGGAAACACUGAUGUUUCAACAACAGGUGUCCCUAAAAAGAAAAAACCCCGUAAGGGUCAGCAGAGAUCAGCAACUGAACUUCUUGAAGAUCAGAUCAAAGAAGAAGAACUUCGGGCAAAAUACCUAG